GCAAAACUGAAAGUAGAGUAAUCUCCCUUGCAUUGUGAUAUGUUUCACUCUGCUCAAACUUUGUUGUGUUUUACAGCAACGUUUAUCCGGUGUGCGUCUACGAUGUCAGGAAUGAUGAGGGCAGUAACCUUUGAACCCGGAGGUCCAGAGAAACUUGGGAUUGCUUCAGUACCAAUUCCACAACUGAGAGAAAAGGAGGUGUUACUAAAAGUAUACGCCACAGCAAUUAACAGGGCAGACACUCUACAGAGGAAGGGUUUGUAUCCAGCACCCCCUGGAGAAUCUGACAUUCUGGGACUGGAGGCUGUAGGGGUUAUUGAGAAGCUGGGACCUGGAUGUGUCAAGUCCUGGAAGACAGGAGACAGAGUCAUGGCUCUUCUACCUGGUGGAGGGAAUGCAGAAUAUGUAGCCAGUAGGGAGGAGUUGUUGAUGCCUGUCCCUGACAACAUGAAGUUUACACAGGCAGCAGCUAUUCCUGAAGUCUGGCUUACAGCAUUCCAGCUCCUUUUUACUGUUGGUAAACUUAAGAAGAAUGACACCGUCCUGAUCCAUGCUGGUGGUAGUGGGGUCGGCACCGCAGCUGUACAGCUCUGUCGUCAGUACGGAGCUCGAGCCCUAGUGGUCGCCGGCACACAGGAGAAGAUCGACUUCGCUAAAUCUCUGGGGGCAGAGGAGGGGUUUAACUAUAAGGAGGCUGAAUUUGAACCCAAGGUCUUGGAGCACACUCAAGGGAAGGGAGUGGACUUAAUCCUAGACUGUGUAGGAGGUUCCUUCUUCAACCAGAACAUCAACUCCAUAGCAACAGAGGGGACGUGGGUUGUAUAUGGCUUGAUGGGGGGCAGCACAGUCAGUACUGGUGAUCAUUUAGCCAAAAUUUUACGAAAAAGGAUAACAAUAAUUGGCUCAACAUUGAGAGCUAGAUCUGUAGAGUACAAGGAGUUACUUAUCUCAGAUUUUACACAACGUGCUUUACCUCACUUUGGUAGCAGUGAUCUCCGUCCUAUCAUACACACCGUAUUAACACUGGACAGCAUUAAAGAGGCUCACCAAUUAAUGGAGUCUAAUGUAACCACAGGGAAAAUCGUCCUCCAAGUUAGGGAGGAAUCAACUAAGGAGGAGCUAUAGUUAGUCUUAUUGAUAUUGACUUGUAUUCAUAUACUUAUUUAUUAUUUGUAGUUUCAUUUUAUUAUUUAAUAAAGAAUAAUUGAACAUGAUCUCACAGAGAAUUAUAUUUGUAUGGAGUUGUAUGAUGUCAUCCUUUAAUUAAUGGAAUUCAAUGAGAUGUAGUUACAUUUUGUCAUUUAAUAAAAAAAAAUGUAAAGUU